AGCCGCGGGCCCACUUCUCAGGGGACUCCCGGGACUCCUGUCAGCCUUGCCGAAGGCGUGGCCCUAGAUGCUGCUCUGUCCGCGGGCCAGCCGCCUGCGCCCGCCCGGGCCUCCGGGAGAGGAUGGGGACGCCCUGGCGCUUCUCGGUGAGGGUCUGCUUGUGGCACCUCAGGGGGUUUGAGCUCAGGAAGGAGCUCGGCCUGCUCAGACCCGGGUGCUGUCGCAACGCCAGGCUCUGUUGGCUUCUGCUUGGCACUUUGCCCAAACUCAUCUCUGCCUGUGGGGACACUGGUGAGGGGGCGCCUGACGGCUUGUGUCAGCCAAGGGCCAGCUGGAGUGACCUGGCCAACGGUGGGCCCCUGGAGGCAGCCUCCCGCGAGGGGUGGCCCGGCUGCCUCCUUCUGCACCUGCGGAUCUGGCUGCGGGCUGGAACUCUCCUGGUGAAGUUCUUCCCCCUCCUUUUACUCUACCCCUUCACCUACCUGGCUCCCAGCGUCUCCAGUCUCUGGCUCCACCUGCUUCUGAAAGCCACGGAGUCCUCGGGCCCAACGUACAUCAAACUAGGCCAGUGGGCCAGCACCCGGCGGGAUCUCUUUUCUGAGGCGUUCUGUGCCCAGUUCUCCAAACUGCAUGUCCAGGUUGCGCCCCAUCGUUGGAUCCACACUGAACACUUCCUGCGUCAGGCAUUUGGGGAGGACUGGGGGAAAGUCCUCUGCUUCGAGACUCGAGAACCUGUGGGUUCGGGCUGUGUGGCCCAAGUGUACAAAGCACAGGCCAACCCCGCUUUCCUGGAGGGUGACAGCAUCCAGAGACUCGCCAAGGCCACCAGUCUAUGGCCUUCCUCGGAAGCGGAGGCAGCCGCACGCCUGAGGGAGCUCUUUGGGCACCCAGGGAGUGGGUGGAAGCCUCAAGGAAGUCUUGCUGACCAGUCGUUUCUAGAAAGGUUGCUCCUCCCCAAAGCUGAUGUGGUUGGACCCAAUGCUGGCACAUCGCGGGCAUCUGCCCACACUCUGGGGCCUGGUCAUCGAAUCCCUGUGGCAGUGAAAGUGUUGCACCCUGGCCUGCUCCACCAAGUGCAAAUGGACCUGCUGUUGAUGAAAAUGGGCAGUCGAAUCCUUAGUCUUUUGCCGGGAGUCAAGUGGCUUAGCUUGCCUGAGAUUGUGGAGGAAUUUGAGAAGCUCAUGGUCCAACAGAUCGACCUGCGUUAUGAAGCUCGGAAUCUAGAACAUUUCCAGUGCAACUUCCUGAACGUGAAUUCUGUCAAAUUCCCCACCCCGCUGCGUCCCUUUGUCACCAGGGAUGUCUUGGUGGAAACAUAUGAAGAGAGCGUGCCCGUGUCCAGCUACCAGCAGGCGGGGAUCCCUGAUGACUUGAAGAGGAAGAUUGCGAGGCUAGGGAUCAACAUGCUGCUGAAGAUGAUAUUUGUGGACAAUUUUGUGCAUGCGGACCUUCACCCCGGGAACAUCCUGGUGCAGGGCGCUGCCGGCCCGGCCCAGAGCCAGGAGAUGCGGCUGCAGCAGGUGGAGGUCUGCGAUGCGCUGGUGGUGGCCGGGCCGCCCACCCGCCUCCCGCUGCGCCUGGUGCUGCUGGAUGCGGGCAUUGUGGCCGAGCUGCAGGCCGCCGACCUGAGGAACUUCCGGGCGGUUUUCACGGCUGUGGCCCUGGGGCAGGGUCAAAAAGUGGCUGAGCUCAUCUUGCAUCAUGCCCGGGCCAGCGAGUGCAGGGAUGUGGAGGGUUUCAAGGCCGAGAUGGCCACACUGGUGACCCAGGCCAGGAAUAACACCAUCACCCUGGAAAAGCUUGAAGUUUCCAGUCUUCUCUCAAAUGUCUUUAAAUUACUGAUGACUUACCAGGUAAAGCUUGAGAGCAAUUUUGCCUCCAUCGUGUUUGCCAUCAUGGUGUUGGAGGGGCUUGGCCGCUCACUGGACCCCAAACUAGACAUCCUGGAUGCAGCAAAGCCCUUCCUUCUUAAAGGACCAGUGUCCUUCCCCUGACCACAGCAGCCCAUCUUCCUCACAGAGCUGAGGCCUCUUCCACAGCAGUGUGAACAUUUUAAAAUCGGGAAGUGUGGAGGGCACACUCUGAUUUGGUGUCAGACAUCUGUUUUAAAAAGUUUCGGUUAUUUGGGUUGUGAAGGGAGGGAAAAGCGCUUUGCGUUCUGUUCUAGAAGCUGGGCCUGGGGACUGGGGGUCGCUAUUUCAGGGAAAAUGUUCUGUGGAGAAGGAGGAAUAA